UUGGCUUCUCUGUCAUGUGUCUGUGUAACAGCAAACCCAGGAGUGUGUCCAGGCACUAGAUAUGGCGCAGAAGAGUGUACCUGGAUAAAAUUCGUGUCAUGUGCCGAUGACAGUGACUGUGCCAACAAUCAGAAAUGCUGCAAUAAUGGAUGUGGACUUCAGUGUAUGGCUCCAGUUACAGAAAAGCCAGGAGUGUGUCCAAGGAUAAACAGUGACAUAAGGUGUAUCAUGAAGGAUGUCGAGUUGUGUGUCGGUGACAGUGAGUGUCCCAAAAAUCAGAAAUGCUGCAGAACUGCAUGCGGUGGAACUCAGUGUAUGGCUCCAGUUACAGCAAAGCCAGGUGUGUGUCCAAAGACAAAUGGUGAAUUAAUAAGGUGUAGCGAGAAGGAUCUCGAGUUGUGUGUCGGUGACAGCGAGUGUCCCAAAAAUCAGAAAUGCUGCGGCACUGCAUGUGGAGGAACUCGGUGUACGGCUCCAGUUACAGUAAAGCCAGGAGUGUGUCCAAAGACAAAUGCUGAGUUAGUGUUGUGUAUCAGGAAGGAUGACGAGUUGUGUGCCGAUGACAGCGAGUGUCCCAAAAAUCAGAAAUGCUGCGGCACUCCAUGCGGUGGAACUCGGUGUACAGCUCCAGUUACAGUAAACCCAGGAGUGUGUCCAGGCACUAGAUAUGGACCAGAAGAGUGUACCUGGAUAAAAUUUGUGUCGUGUGCCGAUGACAGUGAGUGUGCCAACAAUCAGAAAUGCUGCAACAAUGGAUGUGGACUUCAGUGUAUGGCUGCAGUUACAGCAAAGCCAGGAGUGUGUCCAAAGACAAAUGCUGAAUUAGUAAGGUGUAGCGAGAAGGAUCUCGAGUUGUGUGUCGGUGACAGCGAGUGUCCCAAAAAUCAGAAAUGCUGCGGCACUCCAUGUGGUGGAACUCGGUGUACGGCUCCAGUUACAGUAAAGCCAGGAGUGUGUCCAAGCAGAAAAUAUGAACCAGCAGAGUGUACCUGGAUAAAAUUCACGUCGUGUGCCGAUGACAGUGACUGUGCCAACAAUGAGAAAUGCUGCAACAAUGGAUGUGGACUUCAGUGUAUGGAUCCAGUUACAGAUGUCUGUAGACUGCCUGUGGACCCUGGUCCUUGUGAAGCAUACAUGCCCAUGUGGGGCUUCGAUUCUGCUGCGGGAGAGUGUGUGUCCUUCAUAUAUGGAGGCUGCCAGGGAAAUGGCAACAGGUUCAACAGCCAGGAAGAGUGUGAGGAGUCAUGCGUGAGAAGGGAUAUCUGUAAACUGCCUUUGGACCCUGGUCCUUGUAAAGCAUACUUGCCCAGGUGGGGCUUCGAUCCUGCUGCGGGAAAGUGUUUGUCCUUCAUUUAUGGAGGUUGUGAGGGAAAUGACAACAGGUUCAACAGCGAGGAAGAGUGUGAGGAGUCAUGCGUGAGAAACGUGAACCCAGGAGUGUGUCCAAGAAGAAAAUAUAAACUAGCAAUGUGUCCCCGGGUAACUUUCAUGCCGUGUGUCGAUGACAGUGACUGUGCCAGCAAUGAGAAAUGCUGCAGCAAUGGAUGUGGACUUCAGUGUAUGGCUGCAGUUACAGCAAAGCCAGGAGUGUGUCCAAUCAAAAAAUAUAAACCAGCAAUGUGUGCCCGGAUACGUUUUGUGCCGUGUGCCGAUGACAGUGACUGUGCCAACAAUCAGAAAUGCUGCAACAAUGGAUGUGGACUUCAGUGUAUGGAUCCAGUUACAGAAGCAAAGCCAGGAGUGUGUCCAAGGAUAAACAGUGACAUAAGGUGUAUCAUGAAGGAUGCCGAGUUGUGUGACGAUGACAGCGAGUGUCCCAAAAAUCAGAAAUGCUGCGGCACUGCAUGCGGUGGAACUCUGUGUACGGCUCCAAUUACAGCAAAGCCGGGAGUGUGUCCACAGACAAUUGCUGAAUUAGUAAGGUGUAGCGAGAAGGAUCUCGAGUUGUGUGUCGGUGACAGCGAGUGUCCCAAAAAUCAGAAAUGCUGCGGCACUGCAUGCGGUGGAACUCGGUGUACGGCUCCAGUUACAGAAAAGCCAGGAGUGUGUCCAAGGACAAACAGUGACAUAAGGUGUAUCAUUAAGGAUGCCGAGUUGUGUGACGAUGACAGCGAGUGUCCCAAAAAUCAGAAAUGCUGCGGCACUGCAUGCGGUGGAACUCGGUGUACGGCUCCAAUUACAGCAAAGCCAGGAGUGUGUCCAAAGAAAAAUGCUGAAUUAGUAUGGUGUAGCGAGAAAGAUCUCGAGUUGUGUGUCGGUGACAGCGAGUGUCCCAAAAAUCAGAAAUGCUGCGGCACUGCAUGUGGUGGAACUCGGUGUACGGCUCCAGUUACAGUAAAGCCAGGAGUGUGUCCAAGCAAAAAAUAUGAACCAGCAGAGUGUACCUGGAUAAAAUUCAAGUCGUGUGCCGAUGACAGUGACUGUGCCAACAAUCAGAAAUGCUGCAGCAAUGGAUGUGGACGUCAGUGUAUGGAUCCAGUUACAGAUGUCUGUAGACUGCCUAUGGAAUCUGGUAUGUGUUUAGCAUACAUACCCGUGUGGGGCUUCGAUUCUUCUGCAAGAAAGUGUGUGUCCUUCAUAUAUGGAGGCUGCCAGGGAAAUGGCAACAGGUUCGACAGCCCGGAAGAGUGUGAGGAGUCAUGCGUGAGAAGCGCUGCCUGUAGCCUGCCUAUGGAAGUUGGUCCUUGUAAAGCAGCCAUGCCCAGGUGGGGCUUCGAUCCUGCUGCGGGAAAGUGUGUGUCCUUCAUGUAUGGAGGUUGUGAGGGAAAUGACAACAGGUUCAACAGCGAGGAAGAGUGUGAGGAGUCAUGCGGAGUGAGAAACGUGAACCCAGGAGUGUGUCCAAGAAGAAAAUAUAAACUAGCAAUGUGUCCCCGGGUAACUUUCAUGCCGUGUGUCGAUGACAGUGACUGUGCCAGCAAUGAGAAAUGCUGCAGCAAUGGAUGUGGACUUCAGUGUAUGGCUGCAGUUACAGCAAAGCCAGGAGUGUGUCCAAUCAAAAAAUAUAAACCAGCAAUGUGUGCCCGGAUACGUUUUGUGCCGUGUGCCGAUGACAGUGACUGUGCCAACAAUCAGAAAUGCUGCAACAAUGGAUGUGGACUUCAGUGUAUGGAUCCAGUUACAGAAGCAAAGCCAGGAGUGUGUCCAAGGAUAAACAGUGACAUAAGGUGUAUCAUGAAGGAUGCCGAGUUGUGUGACGAUGACAGCGAGUGUCCCAAAAAUCAGAAAUGCUGCGGCACUGCAUGCGGUGGAACUCUGUGUACGGCUCCAAUUACAGCAAAGCCGGGAGUGUGUCCACAGACAAUUGCUGAAUUAGUAAGGUGUAGCGAGAAGGAUCUCGAGUUGUGUGUCGGUGACAGCGAGUGUCCCAAAAAUCAGAAAUGCUGCGGCACUGCAUGCGGUGGAACUCGGUGUACGGCUCCAGUUACAGAAAAGCCAGGAGUGUGUCCAAGGACAAACAGUGACAUAAGGUGUAUCAUUAAGGAUGCCGAGUUGUGUGACGAUGACAGCGAGUGUCCCAAAAAUCAGAAAUGCUGCGGCACUGCAUGCGGUGGAACUCGGUGUACGGCUCCAAUUACAGCAAAGCCAGGAGUGUGUCCAAAGAAAAAUGCUGAAUUAGUAUGGUGUAGCGAGAAAGAUCUCGAGUUGUGUGUCGGUGACAGCGAGUGUCCCAAAAAUCAGAAAUGCUGCGGCACUGCAUGUGGUGGAACUCGGUGUACGGCUCCAGUUACAGUAAAGCCAGGAGUGUGUCCAAGCAAAAAAUAUGAACCAGCAGAGUGUACCUGGAUAAAAUUCAAGUCGUGUGCCGAUGACAGUGACUGUGCCAACAAUCAGAAAUGCUGCAGCAAUGGAUGUGGACGUCAGUGUAUGGAUCCAGUUACAGAUGUCUGUAGACUGCCUAUGGAAUCUGGUAUGUGUUUAGCAUACAUACCCGUGUGGGGCUUCGAUUCUUCUGCAAGAAAGUGUGUGUCCUUCAUAUAUGGAGGCUGCCAGGGAAAUGGCAACAGGUUCGACAGCCCGGAAGAGUGUGAGGAGUCAUGCGUGAGAAGCGCUGCCUGUAGCCUGCCUAUGGAAGUUGGUCCUUGUAAAGCAGCCAUGCCCAGGUGGGGCUUCGAUCCUGCUGCGGGAAAGUGUGUGUCCUUCAUGUAUGGAGGUUGUGAGGGAAAUGACAACAGGUUCAACAGCGAGGAAGAGUGUGAGGAGUCAUGCGGAGUGAGAAACGUGAACCCAGGAGUGUGUCCAAGAAGAAAAUAUGAACUAGCAAUGUGUGCCCGGGUAACUUUCAUGCCGUGUGUCGAUGACAGUGACUGUGCCAAAAAUGAGAAAUGCUGCAACAAUGGAUGUGGACUUCAGUGUAUGGCUGCAGUUACAGCAAAGCCAGGAGUGUGUCCAAUCAAAAAAUAUAAACCAGCAAUGUGUGCCCGGAUACGUUUCGUGUCUUGUGCCGAUGACAGUGACUGUACCAACAAUCAGAAAUGCUGCAACAAUGGAUGUGGACUUCAGUGUAUGGAUCCAGUUAAAGUGAAGCCAGGAGUGUGUCCAGUCAGAAAACCUAAACCGUGGAUGUGUCCCCUAAUGAAUUUCAUGUCGUGUGUCGAUGACGCUGACUGUGUCAACAAUGAGAAAUGCUGCAGCAAUGGAUGUGGAUUUGACUGUAUGGCUCCAGUUACAGUAAACCCAGGAGUGUGUCCAAGCAGAACAAUUGAUCCAGGAAUGUGUGUCCUGAUACGAUUUGUGUCGUGUGCCGAUGACAGUGAGUGUACCAACAAUCAGAAAUGCUGCAGCAAUGGAUGUGGAUUUCAGUGUAUGGAUCCAGUUACAGUAAAGCCAGGAGUGUGUCCAAAGACAAACAGUGACAUAAGGUGUAUCAGGAAGGAUGACGAGUUGUGUGCCGAUGACAGCGAGUGUCCCGACAAUCAGAAAUGCUGCAGAACUGCAUGCGGUGGAACUCGGUGUACGGCUCCAGUUACAGUAAAGCCAGGAGUGUGUCCAAAGACGAACAGUGAAAUAAGGUGUAUCAGGAAGGAUUACGAGUUGUGUGCCGAUGACAGCGAGUGUCCCGACAAUCAGAAAUGCUGCGGCACUCCAUGCGGUGGAACUCGGUGUAUGGCUCCAGUCACAGUAAACCCAGGAGUGUGUCCAGGCACUAGAUAUGGACCAGAAGAGUGUACCUGGAUAAAAUUUGUGUCGUGUGCCGAUGACAGUGACUGUGCCAAGAAUCAGAAAUGCUGCAACAAUGGAUGUGGACUUCAGUGUAUGGCUGCAGUUACAGAUGUCUGUAGACUGCCUAUGGACCCUGGUCCUUGUGAAGCAUACAUGCCCAUGUGGGGCUUCGAUUCUGCUGCGGGAAAGUGUGUGUCCUUCAUAUAUGGAGGCUGCCAGGGAAAUGGCAACAGGUUCAACAGCCAGAAAGAGUGCGAGAAGUCAUGCAUGAGAAGCGUGAACCCAGGAGUGUGUCCAAGAAGAAAAUAUGAAGCAGCAAUGUGUCCCCGGGUAACUUUCGAGUCGUGUGUCGAUGACAGUGACUGUGCCAAAAAUGAGAAAUGCUGCAGCAAUCGAUGUGGACGUCAGUGUAUGGCUGCAGUUACAGCAAAGCCAGGAUUGUGUCCAAUCAAAAAAUAUAAACCACCAAUGUGUGCCCGGAUACGUUUUGUGUCGUGUGCCGAUGACCGUGACUGUGCCAACAAUCAGAAAUGCUGCAACAAUGGAUGUGGACUUCAGUGUAUGGAUCCAGUUAAAGUGAAGCCAGGAGUGUGUCCAGUCAGAAAACCUAAACUGGGAAUGUGUCCCCUGAUGAAUUUCAUGUCGUGUGCCGAUGACAGUGACUGUGUCGACAAUGAGAAAUGCUGCAACAAUGGAUGUGGACUUGACUGUAUGCCUCCAGUUACAGGUCCUUUACCCAACUGAAGGGAAUCCAGUGAGUGCCGAAUAGUGUUCCUAUGAUGGUCGGUGCCCUGCUGAACAGAAAUUCUGCUCAACCACCUCCAAUCAUUCAUGCAGUGUUGAUCAUAUUAGAGAAAUCAUGUUAUGAGUCAUGUUACCUUUGCCAUGUACCUAUCCCAUAUAAAUUGUAAUUUUUACCUGUGCGAUUCUCUGUGAUUUGACAUGAGGUCCUCUUGGCAAUGAAUAAAACAUGUUCAAAAGUCA